AAAUGGCGUUCCCAUAUCCCCGGAUCUGCACGGAAUGUGAGGCGCGCACAAGUUGCACCAACUGCGCCGUUGUGGCCAAUUAUCAACCCAGAUACAGGAUCAGUGGCUGACAUUGGUCUAUUCACUCGUGUUUGAUAUACAGGGCUUCCCCCGAUUAAUCGGCAAGAGAUAGAGAAGACCCACAGCAGUACGAGUGCUUAUCGACGUCAUGCCUCCAAAACGUGUCUUGUCUGCGCAGGAGUGGGUCGGUGUCGCGGUGUCGUUGGUCCAAGCUAUUUUACGCUUGGUCAUAGCAGCAGUGGCGGCUCUAUUUCAACGAAGCGAGGGUCCCUCAACUUACUACCGCCACUUCUGCUAUGCGGGGUCGCGGAUUCUUACGGGGAGCCUCUCAUCUAGAGCACUAGCUACCCUGAUGACAUCCACAGACGAAGGGUAUAAAAAGUUCUGCUCGUCGCGUGGUUGUGCGCCAGAAACGGUUGUCCUGGCCGAUGGUACCCGAGGCCACUGGAUUGGGGAUAAGACUGUCGAAAAGGUCAUGUUUUUUUGCCAUGGAGGGGGUUAUGUGGUACCGGCCCUCGAUGUUCACUUCGAGUUGCUCCACCAGACGGUGCAAGAGGCCGAGCGCAAGGGCAACAAACUGGCUGUCUUGUUGCUUUCGUACGACGUCUCUGUCGACGCUUCAUAUCCCCGCCAACUCCAACAAGCUUGCCAACUACUGGACUACCUCAUUCACACCGAAAACCGCGACCCCUCAAAUAUCAUCCUCGCAGGGGACUCCGCAGGCGCAAACCUCGCCCUUGCCAUCCUCUCCCAUAUCCUUCACGCGCACCCCCAUGUGCCCCCGCUAACCCUCACUAACCCCUUCCGAGGAGUAGCGCUCCUCUCCCCGUGGGUCACCUUCGACACAAAAAAGACACAGUCGAUGCAGCUAAAUCGGCAAAGAGAUGCCCUCGACACCGACGUGCUCCACCGCUGGGCCACACAGUUCCGAGGCUCCGCGCCGACAGAUCCCUACAUGGAGCCGCUCUCGGCGCCAGAGGACUGGUGGCGCGGUCUGCCUGCGAGGGAUGUUCUAAUCACCGCUGGGGACGAUGAGAUUUUCCUCGAUGAUAUUGAGGAGAUGGGCAGGCGGUUGCAGUCUGUGCACCCGAAGACGAAGAUCUGCGUGCUCGAGGAUGAAUCUCAUAACCAUAUGAUUCUGGAGCUUACCUUGCGAGAAGAUAGGUCGGAGACGAGACUGGCUUUUGAGAAGUGGGUUUGUUCUGUUCUUGCGGAUUGAAUUUUCUGGUGUGGAUGGGUCGAGAUGGCUUCUUGUUUUGCGACCUCUGCUGUAUAGAGCUAGCAAUGAACGCAGUACGUCGUGCCUUUCUAUGGUGGAUGUGGAGUGACUGCAAUCGGUCAACAUGACUUGCACAGUUUUCCACACCAUUUGUAUUUUGACGCUUCUUCCAAUCUUGCAAUCUCUUG